UGAAGCCGAGAGGGUCAGGGGGAGGAGAGGCAGGGGAGUGUAGCGAGAGGACGACAGGAGGAGAUCCACCACAGGGUGACCAGUUUAAACGGACCAUCCUUUCACAGCUUGUCCACAAAUGCUCCUCUACCCUGGAGGCUCCGAGCGACAGCGGCGCCGAUCCGGAUCGUCAUCUGCGAACCUGUCUGUCGGGGAACAGAAACUGAAGAUGAUCACGACCCAGCAGAAGCCGUGGAGAUAGGCCUGGCAGCAGGGAUGCUCUUUCAACUUGGCUGAUCUCUGGAUCUUGGUCCAAACAUCUGGAGUUUUGUCCACCAUUUGACCUGCAUCCACUCACUCCUGCCCAGUAGCCCAGCAGCCUGGGCUCUAUAAACAUCUCUGCACUUCAUCCAUAUUUCAUCCAAGGGGAUAAAUGAGUGAACCGGGUGGAAGGGAAAGGGCUGGGACAUGUACCAGAACCCAGACAGAAUGUCCUGGUUCAGUGGUCUCCUAGUGGCCAGAGUGGAUGACCGCAAGACUGCGUGGGGGGAGCGCAAUGGCAAGAAGUCCAAACGGAAGGGAGGCUCAUCUCUCUGCAACCCGCGUUACAUGAGCUGUUUGCGGGAUCCGGAUGCUAUGGAGCCCCCUUCCGGAGCCCCCCUCCAUCAGCACCAUCGCGGAGUGGUGGCUGGGGCCAUGGGAGGUGGAGGCAACUUUGGUGUCCGUUGUGUAUGGCAGGAGGACCACUACGGCAAAAGGGGAGGGGGUCCAGGAGAAGGAGUGGGGCUGAAAUCUGUCAACCUGGGCUUUGAGGAUGGGGAGUUGAAAGGAAGGAAAGGAGGUUGUAACGGAGGAAGUGGAGACGUGGGCGAUGAGGGUCCCAACGGCGCGGGAGGGGUGAUGACGGCUGCGGACUGUUGGCUCAGGGUGGUGCGAGUAUUCCAGUCCAAAAAGUUCCAGUCCCGCAAACUGGAACGCCUAUACCAGCGUUAUUUCUUUAGGCUGAACCAGAGCUCCUUGACUAUGCUCAUGGGGGUGCUUGUGAUCGUGUGCGGCAUCAUGCUGACCUUCCACUGUGUCCACGCCGCCCCUCACGUGGCUUAUUCUUCUGCCCUUUCGGUGGCGAUGGCUCUCUUUAUGGCUCUCAUGGUAGUUUGCAACCGCAACGGCUUCCACCAGGACUACAUGUGGAUGGUCAGUUACCUGGUAAUUGGAGUUCUGGUGUCGGUACAGGUCUUUGGGGUGCUCAUGGUGGCGCCCAGGAGCGCUUCUGAAGGAAUCUGGUGGUCUGUGUUCUUCAUUUACAUCAUCUACACUCUGCUGCCUGUGAGGAUGAGGGCUGCGGUCCUGAGCGGAGCUGUGCUGUCCAUCAUACAUGUGGUCACCACCUGGCAGAUCAACCAGGAAGACAAGUUCCUCUGGAAACAAGUGAGUGCUAAUGUCCUGAUCUUCCUGUGCACCAACAUCAUUGGCAUCUGCACCCACUACCCUGCUGAAGUUUCACAGAGACAAGCCUUUCAGGAGACGAGAGGAUACAUCCAAGCCAGGCUUCAUCUACAAAGGGAGAAUCAGCAGCAGGAACGCCUGCUGCUUUCAGUGUUGCCAAGGCACGUUGCCAUGGAAAUGAAGGCUGACAUCAAUGCUAAGAAGGAAGACAUGAUGUUUCACAAGAUCUACAUCCAAAAACACGACAAUGUUAGUAUUUUGUUUGCAGACAUUGAGGGUUUCACCAGUCUGGCAUCACAGUGCACAGCUCAGGAGCUUGUCAUGACGCUCAAUGAACUCUUUGCCCGUUUUGACAAGCUGGCAUCGGAGAACCACUGUCUCCGAAUAAAAAUUUUGGGCGAUUGUUACUACUGCGUGUCUGGACUGCCUGAGCCGCGAGCGGACCACGCCCACUGCUGUGUUGAGAUGGGCGUCGACAUGAUUGAGGCCAUAUCGUUGGUGCGCGAGGUCACAGGGGUCAAUGUUAACAUGCGCGUUGGCAUUCACAGCGGCCGCGUGCACUGCGGCGUGCUCGGACUCAGGAAGUGGCAGUUUGACGUGUGGUCAAACGAUGUCACGUUGGCCAAUCACAUGGAGGCUGGAGGCAAGGCAGGGCGCAUCCACAUCACAAAGGCCACAUUGCAGUACCUGAACGGCGACUAUGAGGUGGAGCCAGGCUUCGGAGGGGAGAGGAACGCGUAUCUGAAGGAGAACAGCAUCGAGACCUUUCUGGUCCUCGGCUGCAGCCAGAAACGGAAAGAGGAGAAGGCGAUGAUGGCCAAGAUGCAACGGACGAGAGCCAACUCCAACGAGGGGCUGAUGCCACACUGGGUCCCUGAGAGAACCUUCUCCAGGCCCAAAGACUCUAAGGUCUUCAGACAAAUGGGUAUUGAAGAGUCCUCCACUAAAGACAACCGUGGUGUGCAGGAGGUCAUGAACCCAGAAGACGAGGUGGAUGAGUUUCUUGGGCGGGCUAUUGACGCGCGCAGUAUUGACCAGCUCAGAAAAGACCACGUGAAGAAGUUCCUUCUCACUUUUCAGACCCCCAGCCUAGAGAAAAAGUAUUCGAAGAAAGUUGAUGACCGCUUUGGGGGCUAUGUUGCCUGCACUCUGCUUGUUUUCUGCUUCAUAUCUUUCAUACAGAUUGUCAUCUUUCCGCACACCCCAGUAAUGCUGGGAAUCUACGUGUCUAUCUUCUUUAUCAUGGCCAAUAUCCUCUUCAUCUGUGCCAUAUACUCUUGCAUCAAGCUGUUUCCAGCCGCCAUGCAGACAAUUUCAAAGAAGAUUGUUCAGUCCCGCACCAACAGCACGCUGGUUGGGGUGUUUUCUAUCAUUCUCGUCUUUAUCUCUGCCUUUGUUAAUAUGUUUGCCUGUGACACCAAGAGUUUGGCAGAGUGCGUUGCGGAGAAGCUGAACACAUCUGCGACACUGGUGACACCCUGCCUGAUCCGCAGCUUGAAUGUGUCCGUUGAGGGGGGUUUAGAGAUCUGUCCUAGCCAAGGCCCUUCCUGCCCCUUCCCGGAAUAUUUCAGCUACAGCGUGCUGCUGACGCUGCUGGCCUGCUCAGUGUUCCUGCAGAUCAGCAGCAUUGGGAAGCUCACCCUCAUGCUGCUCAUCCAGUUCACUUUCUUGCUGCUGGUGGAGUGGCCACAAGUAGCAUUAUUUGACAACGCUGACCUCUUUGUCACCUCCAAUGCCAUUGAUUUGAACGAAACAGUUUUUCAGUGGACCAGCUUCAACGAAACCACGAAUCAGUGCCCAUACGCUGUGACCAAAGUGUCGCUGCGGGUCAUGACCCCGGUCAUCCUCACAGUCUUCGUCUUGGCGCUGUACCUGCACGCACAGCAAGUGGAAUCUACUGCUCGCCUCGACUUCCUGUGGAAACUGCAGGCUACAGAGGAGAAGGAGGAGAUGGAAGAACUCCAGGCCUACAAUCGCCGCCUCCUCCAUAACAUCCUGCCGAAAGAUGUUGCUGCUCACUUUUUGGCUCGUGAGCGGCGAAACGACGAGCUUUACUACCAGUCCUGUGAGUGUGUGGCUGUGAUGUUUGCUUCCAUCAGCAAUUUUUCUGAGUUCUACGUAGAGCUGGAGGCCAACAAUGAGGGAGUGGAGUGUCUCCGGCUGCUCAAUGAGAUCAUCGCCGACUUCGACGAGAUCAUCAGUGAAGAGAAGUACCGGCAGCUAGAGAAGAUCAAGACCAUUGGUUCCACCUACAUGGCGGCCUCAGGUCUCAACGACUCCACUUAUGACAAAGAGGGCCGCUCUCACAUUACUGCCCUGGCAGACUAUUCUAUGAGACUACGAGAACAGAUGAAAUACAUCAAUGAGCAUUCCUUCAACAAUUUCCAGAUGAAAAUAGGUUUGAACAUUGGGCCAGUGGUAGCAGGGGUUAUUGGGGCACGGAAACCCCAGUAUGAUAUCUGGGGAAACACAGUGAAUGUGGCCAGUCGCAUGGACAGCACAGGUGUACCAGACCGCAUACAGGUGACCACAGACCUCUUCCAGGUGCUUUCAAGCAAAGGCUACGUGCUUGAGUGUCGCGGGGUUGUUAAGGUCAAAGGGAAAGGAGAAAUGACAACUUACUUCCUGAACGAUGCGCCACCCAACAGUUAGCAGCCAUCACAGCAGCAGAUGCUGGAAUUGAUCCCCAGUGCAAGGACACGGGCACCACUUGGCGAGCACUCACAGUUGCCACCGAUAGAACUACAGCCGCCAUCACUUGAAUCCCAAGCAAAGAGGGAGGGGGGGGGGGGCAACAAACUUUUAAGACUUCGAAAACGACCCCGAAGAGAGGGCAAAGUUCUCAUUUGGCAGCCAUUUUGGCCCUCCUACAUGUCAAAAGACACGUGUUUUUUCUCAUGUCUAGCCUCUCUCUCAGGCUUCUUGAAAGAUGCAAAGUCUGUUUGUUCAAAACAACGCCUUUUAGCCUUUGUCUAAAGAAGAUUUACGCUGUACAUAAGGCUACGUUUGUUUUCCCUCGUUUUUCUUUUUGAUAACUCCAUUUUACAUGGAAGACAAACCGGUACCCAUGUUUUGUUUAUGCGUUCACUAUUUAUUUGGAUCUCAAUGUUUUGUGCUAAAAGGUCCUUGACGAAAAAAAGUGUGAACACAUACGUGCACAAAUAUCCAGUUUAUUACACGGUUUUUAAGUGUGUAUGUACAUGCAUAUUUGUGUGUGUAUGGCUAUAUGUAUAAACUGAGGAAGAAUAUAUUGACCAAAGACUAAAGUAUUUACUAAAAGCAAAGCAAGACAUGUUGAUGUGUUCUCGCUGGUGUCAGCAAUGAUCCCUAUUCCUGGUUUUCAGGCCGAAGCCCUCGAGGUUUCCGUCCUUUUGCCCGACUGCUGUCGAUGAAGGCUGCUCCAUAGUUUUCAUAGAAUAGGUAGAGUUUAUUUAUUUUGUCUGUCAUUAUGGCAGCAGAGAGCAGAUUUCUAAGUCUAAAUUUAUUGAAAAAUUUAUUGAUUGCCCUGAAAUAUUAAAAUAAGCAAAAUGCAACAUGUGAAAUGAAGGAUGUUAUUUAAGAAAUGUUAUUUUUUAAUCCCAUCUGAGGGGACAGAUCUGGCUAGCAUUCGGGUCAUCUACAUCCAUAUUAUGAGCUAGGUGCCACAGAGGUGGCAUAUAACCUGAAUUGUUCCCUUUUUUGAAAAAUAAAAAGGUACUUUUGGUGAAGGUGAAGAUCCGUGGGAGUCAGAAAGUUGCUCCAGAGUCUUCAGAAGAGCAUUGGAUUUCAACACAGUGGCAUCCAAACAGCCAGAUUCUUCUAUGAAGAAGAAAUAGAUGAAAAGGAAGAAAAUAUCUAUUGAUUUUGACUAAAUACUGUGCUUUGUAAUCCUGAGGGGGCAUAACUAUUUUCACUGUGAGGUUUUUAUGAUACAGCAAAACUGCUUUCUUGCCAAACUUAACUGCUUUGAAGCAUGUCCGACUGUGGAAUCUUCAUUUCAUUUUUGUUUGUUUUCAGCGUAGGGUAUUUUGUAUCGAUUCUGUAUCCAUCAUUUGUAUAUUCUUAAUGGUGUUAUGAUUAUGAUGAUUCUGGUUAAUUAUUAUGCUUAGUGAUGAUUCCAUUCCGACGAGAAAGGAUCAAAGACCAGCACGCUUUCUACAGGAAAAUGCCAGUUUUAAGUCUGGUACCAACUGAUCAACUGCAGUCCGUGACUUGAACCCGCUGUGCAGUCCCAACGCACGCGACAGUGUUUCAGCUGGCAAUAAGUGAGACCACUUAUGUGAUAAAUCAUAACCACUGGCUGCUUCGGCAUCUUAUUUUGAGAUGUGCACAGCAUAAGAUUCAAAUGGAUUGCUCCCCGCACCCUUUCGCUCAGACCACUGCGGCAGCGUACACCCUCAGUCUAACAGUGAGGGGCCUUCUGCUUCCACACUUUGAACCUCUCAGUGGAAACAACACCCCCCACCCCUGAUCCUGCUGUGUGUUAGGAAGAGAAGGCAGGAUAAGCAGGCCUCCACAUUUAUUUACCCUCCCUCCACUGCUUGAUCUUAGGAAGAAACACAGGGACUAGUUCGAUUGCCUUAACUGAAGAGAGAUUUUUCUUUAUAUAUGUAACAGAUUGAGUGUACACGUGCCUGCUUACCCUGCCUAUGGAUGCUCAGACAGACAGAAGGGAAUAAGGGCUUGUUGAUGGUAUAUAUAUAUAUAUAUAUAUACAUAUAUAUAUAUAUAUAUAUUUUUUUUUUUGGGGUCAACUUUCCAUUAUUGCAAUGAUCUUGGUUUCUCCAGCUCAGCUGGAAGAAGUCGGCGCAGACUUAGCUAUUCCCUCUCACCCAGCACUGGCAGCCAACAGUUGAUCACGUUCGUACCAAAGCCGGCUCAUCAGGUCCCUCCUGUGCAAUGACAUUUGGGCUCGGACGUGGUGGCAGCACCAGCGGGCAGAAAUUACAAAUGAUGAGUGAUAAUUCUAAGCAAAAGGUUAAAGAAUGAACAGAAACCUAUAAAGAUGUUCAUUGUGUGUAUUCUAUUUCUAUUGGCUGUCUAUAGACUUGUUUUGGUUGUUAACUCUUGGGAUGCUUUUUUGGGCGGCAUUGGGAGUGGGGAGGAAGCGUGUCCCCAUACUACUGAAACAGUGUUUUGCUCAGGCCUGAUAAAUCCUUCCGCACUUGUUUUUAUUUUAUUUUAUUUUAUUUUUUCUUUAAUUUGUAUUUUCCCUGAGUUGGAGGAGUUGAAAGGGGAAGUGUUUUGCUAAGCUGAAAGACAAAAAGAGUUGAGGACUAUGACAAAGAGAAAAAUAACAUUUCCCCGUGAAGAUAAAAUAAAUAAAAAACAAAA